AACCCCCUAGAAAAAAACAAAACAUCUGCAGUAGCAGUAUCUACGACCAGGCUGAGGUGAAAACAGCACUGUCCCUGUCUGCAAAAAUGAUAACAUUAGCAUUUGAAACGAGCGAAUAUAAGUAACGCCUGACAACUGGAGAGAUAUUCUCUGCGGAAUAGAGCGGAGAGGAAACGGGAUCGUAUCCGCACAAAAAGCCAGUCCAAACUAACACGGCACGUAAAGGAAGAUUCUAUAAAGAAGAAACGACCACGCCGUCCGAGGUAUGUGCAUAACCGAACAGCUACCUGGCCUCCGUGUUAACCUAUUCGUCACAUUGCCGAUGAAAAUGAAAAUGAAUAUGGGACUGGAGGAAAAUGUUUGAAGGAGAAGGUGCGUGCACUUUCGGACUGCUGUUACAGUUUUAGGAUUUUAAGGUUGAAACCCAGAAGCAUGGAGGCCACAAUCAUUCUGUCUGUCUUGAAGAAAAAACUGGCCUUUCUUUCAGGGGGCAAAGACAGACGCAGUGGCCUGAUUCUGACCAUCCCGCUGUGCACAGAGCACACCAGCAUGGAGGAGCUCAGCUCUACGCUCGACUACCUACUCAGCAUCCCCAGUGAGAAGUGCAAGUCCAGGGGCUUCACUGUGAUCGUGGACGGCAGGAAGUCCCAGUGGAACACGGUGAAGACCGUCGUGCUGAUGCUGCAGAAUGUUAUUCCACCGGAGGUGUCCUUGGUAUGUGUCGUCAAGCCCGAUGAAUUCUGGGACAAGAAGGUGACGCACUUCUGUUUCUGGAAGGAAAAGGACCGGCUGGGCUUCGAGGUGAUUCUGGUUUCAGCCAAUAAGCUCACACGAUACAUUGAGCCCUGCCAGCUGACAGAUGAGUUUGGAGGAACUCUCGUCUAUGAUCACAUUGACUGGCUGAAUAAACGUCUGGUCUUUGAGAAAUUCACCAAGGAUUCCACAUCCCUCCUGGAUGAGCUUGCCGUCAUCAACGAGAACGAGAAAGGAAGCCAACCUGACAAAGACCGCCCAGCCGACUGUGGCAUGCUGCCCUCUCUGGACCCUGAGACAGUGCUUCAGAACGGUCAUGAGUUGCUGUCGGAGCUGCAGCAGCGGCGGUUUAACGGUUCGGAGGGGGGUACGGGGACGGCCUGGUCCCCCAUGGACGACGAGCUGCUGGCCCAGCCGCAGGUGAUGAAGCUGCUGGACUCUCUGAGGGAGCAGUACACCAAGUACCAGGAGCUGUGCAGGCAGCGCAGCAAGCGCUCGCAGCUGGACGAGAUCCACACCAAGGUCAUGCAGGUUGUGAACUGGCUGGAGGGGCCUGGAACUGAACAGCUCCGCACGCAGUGGGGGAUCGGCGACUCCAUCAGGGCAUCCCAGGCUCUGCAACAGAAGCACGAGGAGAUCGAGAGCCAGCACAGCGAGUGGUUUGCUGUCUAUGUGGAGCUGAACCAGCAGAUCGCUGCCCUGCUGAACUCUGGGGAUGAGGAGGACCUGGUGGACCUGAAGGGCCUGCAGCAGCAGCUGAGUGACGUGUGCUACAGACAGGCCAGCCAACUGGAGUUCAGACAGAACGUGCUGCAGUCCGCCCACGACUUCCACAGCACCGCCCAGGACUUGUCGCAGCAGCUAGACGGGCUACUGGGCAUGCUCUGUGUGGAUGUGGCCCCAGCCGAUGGAGCUGCCAUCCAGCAAACACUGAAGCAUCUGGAGGAGAAGCUGAAGACUGUGGAGGGAACUCUGCAAGGCUUGAGGGAGAAAGGACAGGUUCUACUCGACCAAAUCUCCACCCAGACAUCCUGGUCGUAUGGGAAGGAUGUGAAUGAGGAAAGCAAGGAGAACGUCGACCACAUCCACGGCGUCAUGGAAGACAUGCAGCUGCGGAAACAGAGGUGUGAGGACAUGGUGGAUGUGCGGAGGCUGAAGAUGCUUCAGAUGGUCCAGCUGUUUAAGUGUGAAGAGGACGCAGUGCAGGCAGUGGAAUGGCUGGGGGAGCUUCUGGAUGCUCUCCUGAAGACCCACAUCAGACUAGGAGACGAUGCACAAGAAUCAAAAGUGCUUCUGGAGAAGCACAAGAAGUUUGUGGAUGUUGCUCAGAGCACCUAUGACUAUGGCAGGCAGCUGCUCCAGGCGACUGUGGUCCUCUGCCAGUCCCUGCGCUGCACCACGCGCUCCUCAGGCGACACCCUGCCACGCCUCAACCGCAUCUGGAAGCAGUUCUCCGUCACCUCCGAGGAGCGGAUCCAGCGACUCGACAUGGCCGCCUCCUUCCAUGCCGCGGCCGAGAAGGUGCUGAAAGAGGGAGCAGAACAGGGUGAGGACUUAGAGGCAAACUUUGAGGCCUAUGAGGAGGUGGAGGCCAUCGGGCGAUCUGUGCUGGACAGACUGACGGUGCCUGUGGUUUUUCCUGACGGGACUGAGCAGUACUUCGGCAGCCCUGGUGACAUGGCCUCCUCCGCCCGAGCCAUCAGGGACAGAAUGAAGCUGGUGGAGCUGAAGAGGAUGCAACAGGAAGAGGCAGAGCAUCCUCAGGAAAAUGAUCUGGAGAUGGACCCCCAGGAUAGCUAAUGAUUUCUCCCCAGAUGCCUGCCCAGGAGCCAGGACU